CAGCUGAGCAGAGGCUUCAGAGGCUGUGCGGACGUCCUCGUGUUUCCUUGGAUAAAACCACGUCGGAAUGGGGAAAUCACGAUCGGUCACUAGGGCCUAGAAAUAGACUCUCUGCUGGCUGAGGAUAUGUGGAGCCAUCUGCAUGUACCAAAAUUCACAAGAAACUACAGGGGACAACAUAAAUCUGGGAUUGGGUUAAGCAGUGUCACUUCCAGCUGAUUCAGGUGCUUGAGGCAGUUUAGGAAACAAGCUCAAGUUUCAUCAUGCCAGUACAGACAGAUGGACCAGAGGAUUAUAAGGCCAAUUACAAGACCUUAAAGAGGAAAUUGAAACUCCUAAUAUAUGAAAAUGAGUGUUUCCAAGAAGAGCUUCGGAAAGCCCAGAGAGCCCUCUUGCGGGUGCGGCGAGACAAGUCCUUUCUCCUGGAUCGCCUCCUGCAGUACCAUCGGGGUCCUGACUCAUCCUCGGACUCUGACCAAACGGAAGAGUCAGACACUGAAAAUGAUGCGAAGUUGGACACAAAGAGUUGCAGGAAAAGAUUAAGUUUGGAGGGAUCUGGUGGUGGUUCAAACAGCUCCCAGGGCCCCCUUGGAAAGCCGCCCUUGAAGAAAAAGAAGUCUAGCAGCAACUCGAGCAGCAGCAGCAAGUCCAGUAAACAGGGCUCGAAACAGGAAGGAAACAAAACAGCAAAACAACUUGAAGAGACCCAAACAUCAUUGGAAAAUAUAUUUCUCGCAGCCGAGCUUCUCAAAUGCCAUCAAUCUCAUCCCUCUCUCUGUCACUCCACUACCAAGAUUGCGGCAGGGUCAACCAUCACCGGCUCUGGCAGCACAAGUGGCAGCAGUAGCACUAGUGGCCAGGCUACUACCAGCACGAGCAACAUCGUCACCAGCAACAGCAGCAGCAAUAGCAUCAGCAAUGUAACAAAUAGUGGGGCUUUGGUACGCAAGCUUGCAGGAAGCAACGUACCCUCUGGGUCUUCACCUGCACAGCUCCCCACCCGAAGGCCUGGCAUGGGAGGCAGUACUGGGGUGGCCCACACGAGUGAUGGGCAGCUCAGCAGGGAGGAGGUGGAGCGUCGUCUAGCAGCGCGGCAGCCCAUGAACGACUUCACGACCACUGUCUCGUUAACCUUGCCCAACCAGCUGUUCUCCGACAACAUUAUGGAAGGAGACUUCAUGGAGGAGGAAGUUGAGACGUCACCAAGCUACAUCGAGGAAGAUGUCACUGUGGAUUAUGACUGAUGUUAAAGUGUAUAAUUGAGGAAUGCACCAAAACAUACGAUAAAAUCUUUUGACUGGUGUUUAGCAUAUACAAUUAGGCAUAUGUGAAGUUGUAUGAUAGAAGAUAUAAAGGUAUAAGUAUUAUACAGAACCGUACUACCCUGGUGGAGUUUUUUCUUUCUUUCUUUUUUGUUCAUAAACACGUUUCUUUUGUCUUCCUCUUUUCAUUGGUUCAUUUUGUCCAUUUCUGUACAUUGUAUGAUUAAAUGGAAGACAGCUUACAA